AUGGAAGCAACCGCAAUCGAAGGUGCCCCGCGGGGAAUCUUCGCCUUGCCAAACGAAGUACAGCAUUGACCCGGACUAGACCGCUUGCAUUGGCUUACCAGUGCUGUGGUAGAUUCUGCUCAACAUCUUCGCCCUCUUCGCGACAAGAGACGUCGUAUCCUUCGCGCCGACCUGUCGUCGCGUAAACUCGCUCGUCAUUCGGAUACUCCAGCAACGCCUUCAAGUCGCAACCGGCCUCGAUGGCCAUACGCUCUACCUCGAAUGUGGACAUCCAUCGGAGAGAUGGACGACCUCCAAAGUUUUCUGCACACCUCUGGGCACACAUGGCCUUGAAGAGCUAGUAAGCGACGUCCAAUCAACAGGCGGGAUACCUGGUCAGAUCGGCCAGAUGGGCAAGCUAUACACACGCUUUCGUCCUGUGAACAAAGAGCCGGAUUUCAGAUCUGUCCCUCGGCCUCACCCCGCGGGUGACAUUCCGGGGUCGCGAACGUACAGGACUCCGGAGCAAGAUGCCGCUGCGUGGAAAGCGUAUACCCAAGAGGCCGUCAGCCGCCCCGUCAACAUCGAUGCACACUUCCUGUUCACGCAGCUCGAGACCUUUGCGUACCUCGGAAGACGAGAGAGUACUCGCGGUCUACUGUUUAGCAUCCAGGACCUGUGCGAAGGAACAAUCCGAGUCUGGCGAGAUUGGCUGUCCAAGCAAUGCGAGAACAAGCGAUGGUCAGAUGGUGAGAUUAUCGCAGUCCAUCACGAAGAGUCGUCGAACACUCUGAACGACGCACAACUACGCAACAGGACCGAUAUGCUGAAGAAUCCUCAUCUCGACCCCAGUGUGCUUUGGCUAAAUACCAGGCGCGAGAAUGUCGGUAUUAAAUUUCGCGUCACGGAGAAGAAAUGGAGACGUGACAACAAUCCCGUGCUUUUUGAGAGCGAGGUCGAAGUGCCCGUGUCAUACAAUGUUGAGUUACAAGGUGAGCGCUUCUUCAACGGGAAUUCCGAACUCUCAGCUGAUGUAACUUGUAGAGGUCAUCGUGCGCACGACCGAGCUGGUGUUCAAACUAGAAGAGUCGAAGAAGCAGAUUCUAAACCAGACGGGCAAGGCUAUGAUAUUCGGAUCUUACAUCGAAUAG